AUGCCCCCAUCAUCAGGCCCAUCGGUGAAUCCGUUAUUUCUCAAGUGGCUGGCUGCUACCACCCGCGGCUCCUCACAGGUCACCCGCAAUCCAGGUGCCGCCGGGUUCUCGCAUUCUGAUCUUCUCAACUUCUGUCACACGUACUCACCUUGGCAACUUGUCUCGUUCGUCUGGCUGCAGCAGGGCAGCCAGUGCCGUAAGUUCGGAGGUGCACAGGCGGCUGGAUGGAAUGCUGCAGGCCAUGGCUCGCCCGCUUGUCACUUCCCCCCCAUCCCCGCCAAUGCCCGUAGUGACGUGGCGAUGCAUGGCGCAGUCCGUAGUGACGUGGCGUUGCGUCACGCAGCCCGUAGUGACGUGGCGAUGCGUGAAGCUGCCAGUAGUGAUGUGGCGAUGCGUGGCGCUGCCCGUAGUGACGUGGCGAUGCCCCGUAGUGACGUGGCGACACGUGGCGCUGCCCGUAGUGACGUGGCGAUGCGUGGCGCUGCCGGUAGUGACGUGGCGAUGCGUCGUGCAGUCCGUAGUGACGUGGCGAUGCGUCAUGUAGCCCGUAGUGACGUGGCGAUGCGUGAAGCUGCCCGUAGUGACGUGGCGAUGCGUGAAGCUGCCCGUAGUAACGUGGCGAUGUGUGGCGCUGCCCGUAGGGACGUGGCGAUGCGUGCCGCUGCCCGUAGUGACGUGGCGAUGCGUGGCGCUGCCGGGAGUGACGUGGCGUUGCGUCGCGCAGCCCGUAGUGACGUGGCGAUGCAUGGCGCAGCGUGUAGUGACGUGGCGAUGCGUGACGCUGCCCGCAGUGACGUGGCGAUGCGUGGCGCUGCCCGUAGUGACGUGGCGAUACGUGGCGCUGUCCGUAGUGACGUGGCGAUGCGUCGCGCUGCCCGUAGUGACGUGGCGAUGCGUGGCGCUGCCCGCAGUGAUGUGGCGAUGCGUGAAGCUGCCUGUAGUGACGUGGCGAUGCGUGAAGCUGCCCGUAGUGACGUGGCGAUGCGAGGCGCUGCCCGUAGUGACGUGGCGAGGCGUGCCGCUGCCCGUAGUGACGUGGCGAUGCGUGGCGCUGCCCGUAGUGACGUGGCGAUGCAUGGCGCACUCCGUAGUGACAUGGCGAUGCGUCACGCAGCCCGUAGUGACGUGGCGAUGCGUUGCGCUGCCCGUAGUGACAUGGCGAUGCGUGCCGCUGCCCGUAGUGACGUGGUGCAAGUGAUGGCGCAAGCGGCGGCGCAGGGAAGAGGAAGCGGGAGGAAGUGGUAG